AUGGAAUCGGUGCAGCACUCCAUCGCGCCUCUAAGCCCCUUCUCGUGGGUCCCGGCAGAGGAGGCAUCCAGGCCGGGCUCAGCAAACGUUGUGCUUCACGACCUUGCGCAGCUGGAUCUGCGCUUUGACCUCAUUAUCGAGGAAUUCGCCAUUCCUUUCCAUCACCCACUUCACCGCAUUUACGCCAUUCACCCCCUGCUUCGCGAUGCCCUGUCGCCACGGCAACUGCAGCUCCUUCAGUAUGGUGUGGUGGCUCACUCAGAGGAACGACUAGUGAUCGUGGCGGCACCGCCCAGCUGCGGCGAUUCGGGGGCCUGCAUCGCCGCGUCGUACGAGCAGGUUUUCGCACGUUCCAUGGACUCGACGAGCGGCGUGGCGAAUCACCCGCUUCUGCCAGAGUAUACCUUCGUCGUUUACCGGCUUCCCGCUGAGGCGGCCAACGGCCAGGCCCACCGCAAUGACCGUCCUGAGGCGCUUUUCCGUCUCGUCUUUCGCAACAUUGUCUCUCAACAGGAGAUGAGCGGCCUCAACAAGGCUGCGGCGCCGCGCUACAGGCUGGUAGCGGUGCUCACCUCGUCGGUCGCGUACUACGGGGAGCUCCAGCGUAGCAUUCAGUACUGUAGGGAGUGGCGCAACAAUGCGGCGGCCGCUCGCGUGUGCAACCCGCCGCUCUCCGGCGUCUCGUCUGCUGAAUCGGCGUCUAGCCACACCAUGGUGCCAGAGGCAGUGGCGCGUGAAGUACGCACGGCCUCGCCACUGUCGACGCUGUGUUCGAGCUUGGCGCGCGUCCUCGAGCGUUUCAGCCCCGAGGAGACUGGCGUGGAAUUCAAAGGUAUUCCUAGUAGGGAUGUGGUGAGCUGCGAUGCGGCCGUAGUGGCCACCGGGUCUGUUGCGCGGGGGCCCUGCGUGGUAGAGGCACGGGACCCAUGGGCGUACCUCUACACGCGAGAAGGAUCCCGCCUACGGAGGCGUAUCGACGUGGUUCAGGGUACCUCUGCCGUGCUGCGGGCGUGGCGCGAAGGAGAGAUGGAUGCGACCGACUUCCUGGUGACGCGGGUGGCGGAAUCCAAGUCAUGUAGCUCCGACGUCCAUUUCCACAAGAGCACCCACCCGCUCCUGUCGCUCGCAUCGCAGACUGCGCCGUGUGCGCGACUGCUACUGCUGUCCUCGCGUCGUGAGGUGUCGACGCUUUUUGUCAACAACGAGGUGACCUCGUUUCUGCCGAAGGGUGAAGCGUAUGACGAGGCGGGUGGCAAGUCCUGGGGCGUGGUGUACGCUUGCCCAGGAGCGGAGCGACUGCGGCGAUGGGUGCUGCAAGGGCUUGUGUGUGCCGAAGCGCACCAAGUGCAUGCGGUAUUCCUGGAGUUGGACCCUGUCGAUCUCCUCUCUCCGUGUGUGGAGCUUCUCUACGAAGGCAGUGACACGGAGAGUGUCGACGAUGUCAAGGACGAAAUGAGCGUCGACGAGGCCCGAGCCAUCUUUCAGCUGCGCUACCGGCGCGCCCUCUUUCUAGUGUGUCAAGUCGUCAUGGAAACAACGGAGCGGUUUGUGCGCAGCAGUGGGCUGGUGUGGAAGGUGACGGUAGCGGUGAAAGAGCUUGGGGACAACAAAUCCACGUUGGGCUUCAAGAAUCCCAAGUGCGCCACUGCGCCCACCUGCGCCGCGGAAACCAUCUUCACAAGCAUUCCCUUCACCUCGUGGUGCCGCGAGAUCCUCGAGGUGAUUCGCAACGCAGCAGUCGCGCUGGAGUCGACCGCCGGCCUCAUGACGCUGUCUUUUCCUGAUGACAGCGAGGGAGCAGUGGGCAACGAGGCCGCGGCGGCGGAGGCAGUUUCUACGAGCAGCAUGCAGACCAAUGCUCUGGUUGUGCAGCCGGACUCAUCGAAACGGGCUGUAAUGUGUCCGAAAGAAAGUGUCCAGGGGGCAUUGGCGCUCUUUUCAAGGGAUGCAGCGGGGCCAGCGGCGCCUAUGCCGCCGUGUAUCGCUGCGCGGGCGAAGGUCGCCGGCGUUAAGGUCAGUGAUGACACCAUGUACCCGCUCUUCAAGGCGCUGUGCGCCGCCGCACGGCAACACAACGCUCUCCCGGUGUCAGCCUUGAUGGAUCUUCUACUUGAGGAGUGGAACGGCGGCGCCGUGAAAUGGCGUCAUUACUCACCUUCCCGGCUAAUCUGUCCUCUGGAUAGCUGCGGUGUCCCUAUCAACCGCUCUCGAGUUCAGCGCUUCCUGUUACCCUUUCUUCAGGUAAUGCGAGGCUCCACAGGCAUGGAUGGCCAGUGCACGAUACAGCGAAAGAGCCCCGUUGCCGCCGACACGAUGAACUACGCCCAAUUCUCUAUGGUGAUGCUUGCCAUCGCCAAAAUGUAA